AUGCGAGACACGCGAUUUAACGCCAUCAUGACCGCCAUUGUCCCCACCGUUGCACAUGCCAGGGGCCUAACCCGGGGCUACAUGGCAUAUUACACCACCGAAGCCCAACUCUUCUUGAAAGAACGACCUCAUCCUCAUGCGACCGAAUCACUCCAAGCGAUUGGGUGUACCAUGGAGUCCGACAUUCUCACGAGGGGGAAGAUGUAUCAGCUCUCAGGCCCAUUUGGCCAACACCCCAUAUCGGGUCAAGCUAUGAUCAAACACAAUCGGUACACACAAUGCAAAGUGGGCACCCACACGCCAGAUCCCAACAACCUUGCUGGUAAAGCAAGUAUCAGUGCUCUCGGCAAGGUUUUAGACAUGCAAUUCGAUGAUGUGAACCAACCACUCGGCGGAUGGAAUCUCGACGUGGUAGCCGAACACGAGUUUGCUGACACAGCAACUACCCCUGGGCAAUCCCAUGUUUAUAAAUUUGAGAUGAUAUAUCGCUUUGGAGUUUAUACUCCACUGAUCAACGAGUGGCAUCAAAUUGAAAACGCUUCGGAAAUUUUGUUCCAUGGAACGCUACACUCCAAAGACCCUCUCACAGGUCGCUUCAUUGUACAUCACUUGUUCAUCAAGCCUGACAUUGCCCAUCUGAAACUUUCCGCUUAA